CUCUAACACAUUUUACUCGGAAAAGUUGGUUUUUCUAUAAUAUAUAGAGAGAAAUGGGUUGUGAUUGGUGGGCCGACGGCGAGCGAGCUGGGAGGAUGCGGCGGUGUGAUUGGCCUGGGAACGCCGCAGCAAAGCGCUUUGGCUUUCCGGGGCCCGAGAGACAAGACAGCGCGGAGAAAAGAACAAUACUACGGUACCGUACCUUGCUGCUUAUAUAUCUGCUGGCCACCACCAUCUCCUGUGUACAUAUGUAUAUACCCCGCUCGUCUGGCUAUAUUAAUUAUUCUAUAUUCCUGUAUAUCCUCCUGUAUGUCGAGCGCAUUCUUCGUCUCUCUCUAUCUCUCUCUGUGUCACUAAGCUAUUUCCCCCCUGUUUAGCCGCCAUGGCCGCCCGUCGUGCCGUUGCCCGCUCUCUCCCCACCCUCACCGCUCGCUCCGCCAGCUCUCCCCGCAUCCCCAUCACAUCCGUCUCCGCUCGCAGCAUAACCACCACCAGCACCAGCACCAGCAGAAUGGCCUCUAAACUCCCCACAUCGCACACUGCCCUCCGCAGAUUACACGCCACAGCCCAGCAGCUGAGCCCUGCCUCUGCCGAAGCAGCUGCCCCGUACCCAGCGGAGAACUAUCCCAUGAGCCACUCCCCGCUCGCCUCCCCCGUCAACACCUGCAACUUCAUCGAUAAUAAAUUCCUCCCCUCCAACGCCAGCACCUGGAUCGACCUGCACGACCCCGCCACCAACAACCUCGUCACCCGCGUGCCCCAGAGCACCGAAGCGGAGCUGCGUGCCGCCGUCGAGAGUGCUCAAAAAGCCUUCCCCGCAUGGCGCGCCACCAGCAUCAUGGCCAGGCAGCAGAUCAUCUUCAAGUUCACCAACCUGAUCCGUGCGAAUUGGGAUCGUCUGGCUGCCAGCAUCACCCUGGAGCAGGGGAAAACCUUUGCUGAUGCCAAGGGUGAUGUGCUCAGGGGUCUGCAGGUUGCGGAGACGGCGUGCGGUAUCACCACCCAGCUUACGGGCGAGGUGCUGGAGGUCGCUAAGGAUAUGGAGACCAGGAGCUAUAGAGAGCCCUUGGGUGUUGUUGCCGCUAUUUGCCCUUUCAAUUUCCCUGCUAUGAUUCCCCUCUGGUCCAUCCCUACCGCUACUGUAACCGGCAACUGCUUGAUCCUCAAGCCAUCCGAGCGUGACCCCGGCGCUGCGAUGAUCCUCGUUGAGCUGGCUAGAGAAGCCGGCUUCCCCGAUGGAGUCAUCAACGUCGUACACGGCUCUGCCAAAACCGUCGACUUCAUCAUCGACGAGCCCGCCAUCAAGGCCAUCAGCUUCGUCGGCAGCAACCGCGCAGGUGAAUACAUCUUCACCCGCGGCUCGGCCAACGGCAAGCGAGUCCAGGCUAACCUGGGAGCCAAGAACCAUGCUGCCGUCCUCCCAGACUGCAACAAGAACCACGCCCUGAACGCCAUCACCGGUGCUGCUUUUGGCGCUGCUGGUCAACGAUGCAUGGCAUUGAGCACCCUCGUGAUGGUCGGAGAGACCAAGGAGUGGCUCCCGGAGAUCGCUGAGCGGGCUAAGGCUCUGAAGGUCGACGGUGGCUUCGAAGAAGGUGCCGACUUGGGCCCCGUCAUCAGCCCUCAGAGCAAGAAGCGGAUUGAGGACAUCAUUGCCAGCGCUGAGGAGGAGGGUGCCACGAUCCUGCUUGAUGGGCGCGGAUAUAAGCCUGAGAAAUAUCCUAAUGGUAACUGGGUCGGCCCCACCAUCAUCACCGGCGUAAAGCCACAUAUGCGCUGCUACACCGAGGAGAUCUUCGGCCCCGUCCUCAUCUGUCUCGAGGUCGAAACCGUCGACGACGCCAUCUCCCUCAUCAACGCGAACGAAUACGGUAACGGCGCUGCCGUCUUCACCCGCUCCGGUCCCACCGCCACCAAGUUCCAGCGCGAGUUGGAGGCCGGCCAGAUCGGUAUCAACGUACCCAUCCCCGUCCCCUUGCCCAUGUUCUCCUUCACGGGCAACAAGAAGAGUGUCGCAGGCGGCGGCGCGAGCACGUUCUACGGCAAGCCGGGCUUGCAGUUCUACACGCAGCAGAAGACGGUGACGAGUCUGUGGCGCAGCGAGGAUGCGGUUAAUACAAAGGCGAGCGUCGUGAUGCCUACACAGGGUUAAUUUCUUUUAUGUUUUGUUACUUUGCACUGGUUUUUUCACUUUCACUUGUAUUCUCUUGUUUGUGAUAGCAUAUAUAUAUAUAUAAAAGAUUUUUCUAUUUGUGUUUCUAUAUAUAUAUGCUCUAGCUUCCAGUUCCGCGUUUACUUGACCUUGAUAAGACUGCACAGCGCGUAAGUUUUAACGCAGGUUCUGCUGACAUUUGUUCUCUCUUGAAACGAGACCGUCUGGUGACAGGCACACGUUUCUAUGCCUCGACAUACUUAGGUUAUGUCUGACGUAUACCAACGCACAUAUAUAUAUAUAUGGAUGACGAGGAGAGGGUGAGGUGAGUAUGGAGGGAGGGGGGAUUGGGGGGAUAAGAGAUAGGAGUGGAAUGAAAAAAAAAAAAAGAAAAAACGAAGGAGUGGGAGUGAUGUGCGUUUUUCUAUAUACCCGCGUUAAUUCCUUUCUUUAUUUUAUUUUUUUUUCUCUUCGUGAAAAGGCUGUCGACUGUUAUGCCCCUUUCUUUUCGCAAUGGGAGAUUUUGGUGGGGGGGGCGGGGGUGUUGAGCGAUAUGAAGCGAAAAUGGUCAAGGGGUCGUUUUGUCGAGAGCUGUGGUUGUGGAGAGGAGAGAAGAGAAGCCAAGUUCUGGUUUUCCUUACUUGCUGGUCCUCGAUUUUAUUUUGUGUUCAUGGGGUUGGUUUUGUUUUUGAUGAUUUGGACAGAUUGGAUCUGCAUAUAUACACAGUUAUAUUUAUGAAUGUACACAUUUUACAACAACA